GGACUUUCAUUGCACCACAUUCCUGGUCCACUCUUGUUCAUUCCCUCCGCCAAUGCAACCAUAAUUGAUCAUAAUAAAUAGUCCUACACGGGUUUACCCCUCUCUCCCGUGUCCGCCAUCCCGGGAUCCUUUUGGUUAUUUAUAUUUUGGUCCUUCGCUGCAGGUUAUCCCUGUGGUGUGGUCAAGACAAGCUCGGAGUCGUGUGCCUUCAUUUCGUGCCUUGUCUCCAAAUAUGCUUGCGUCUCUGUUGAACCGAGGCGCCUUGUCGCUGGCGGUUGUGUCGCUGUUGACAUCCACUGCUGCAGCUGAAGUAUUCGAUAAGCUCGCCGCUGUUCCUGAAGGAUGGCACUAUUCCCGAACUCCCCGCGGGGACCAACCCAUCAAGUUGCAGGUUGCCCUGACCCAGGGUGACGUUGCCGGGUUCGAGCAAGCCGUGCUGGACAUGUCGACACCCGAUCACCCGAACUAUGGCCAGCACUUCCGCACUCACGAUGAGAUGAAGCGCAUGUUGCAGCCCACUGCUUCUUCCGUGGAUGCAGUCCUUGAGUGGCUCAAGGAGGGUGGAAUCACCGAUAUCCAACAAGAUGCCGAUUGGAUGUCCUUCCAGACGACCGUCGAGAAGGCCAAUCACCUCCUGGAGGCCAACUUCCAGUAUUAUGUCAACCGCUACAAGCAAGUUGAGCGCCUGCGUACCCUGGAAUACUCCAUUCCUGACUCCCUUAUCGCCCAUAUUAACCUUGUUACACCUACCACUCGUUUCGGCCAGCUACACCCUAACCGUAUCACCCUGCACGGUAAGGCAAAGGCCGCUGAUGAGACCUUUCGAAAGGCUGUGCAGUCUGCCAGCACCGAUUGCAACAGUGCUAUUACCCCCCAGUGUCUUAAGGACCUGUACAAGGUCGGCGACUACCAGGCUGAUGAUACAAAUGGCAACAAGGUAGCUUUCGCUAGCUACCUGGAGCAGUAUGCGCGGUACUCCGACCUUGCUCUCUUUGAGCAGGAUAUCGCUCCUUAUGCCCAGGGCCUGAACUUCACUGUCAUCGAGUAUCACGGCGGUCUCAAUGACCAGAACUCUAGGUCUGAUAGCAGCGAGGCCAACCUGGAUCUGCAGUAUAUUGUCGGUGUCAGCGCUCCCGUCCCAGUCACUGAGUUCAGCACUGGUGGUCGUGCACCCCUAGUUCCCGAUCUGGAUCAGCCUGACCCGAACAACAACAACAAUGAGCCCUACUUGGACUUCCUGCAGAAUGUCGUCAAGAUGGAGGACAAAGACAUUCCCCAGGUUAUCUCUACCUCCUACGGCGAGGACGAGCAGAGCGUCCCCGCAAGCUACGCCCGCAGUGUCUGCAACCUGAUCGCCCAACUCGGCAGCCGCGGUGUCUCCGUAAUCUUCUCCUCAGGCGACUCCGGCGUCGGCGCAGCCUGUCAAACCAACGACGGCAAGAACACGACUCACUUCCCCCCACAAUUCCCCGCCGCCUGCCCCUGGGUCACAUCCGUCGGCGCAACCACCCACACCUCCCCCGAAAAGGCCGUCUACUUCUCAUCCGGCGGUUUCUCCGACCUCUGGAAGCGUCCCGACUGGCAAAACGACGCCGUCAGCACAUAUCUCAACAAGCUCGGUAACCGCCAAGCUGGUCUGUUCAACGCCCACGGCCGUGCUUUCCCUGACGUCGCCGCCCAGGGCCAGAACUACGCUAUCUACGAGAAGGGUCGCCUCACCAAGGUUGACGGUACAUCUUGCUCUGCGCCUGCUUUCGCCGGUGUUAUUGCCCUGCUCAACGAUGCCCGUAUUAAAGCUGGUCAACCUACCAUGGGUUUCUUGAACCCGUGGUUGUACUCGAACACUGCUGUGUUGAACGAUGUUACUACUGGUGGAAGCACUGGGUGUGAUGGUAACGGACGCUUUGGUGGUCCUUCGAACGGUGGUCCUGUUGUUCCUUAUGCUAGCUGGAAUGCUACUGCGGGCUGGGAUCCUGUUACUGGACUUGGAACGCCUAACUUCGAGAGCAUGGUUAAGGCUGCUACAGGGCAGUAAAUACAUUUUGCUAUUUGCAUUUGCAUUUAUUCAAACUGUGAGAUCUCAUUUUUGAUCUAGAGCUCGUAAUUCCUUGCGUUCAAGGACAGUCCUGGAUGCUGGUUGCGUGUAUAUAAAUUCAUAUUGUGCUAUUUCGCUUCUGAUAUAUAAUGCAUUCUUUUUCUGUA